GAGGGGGAUGAGGUGUCCAAUAGGUGGCGGUAAUGCAUCUUUCUGUUUGCACCCCACCUGCCAAUAAACACAAAGAAGACGACAUACCGUAGUACGGAAGUGGGAAUCCACAUAAUCUAACGCUGUGCUUGUUAUGAGAACCAGCAGAUGGUUGCUUCUUUGUGCGACAAAAGGACAAGUGAGUGGACAAACUACUGCUGAUCUUAAACAAUGCUUGGGCGUAUAUUAUCAGUAUGGUUUUGGUUUGGAGCAGAUCGCCCUGUUACCCUGGGAACAGCUUCAUUGAUAACACUCAUGCUGCUCAUAUAUGCUGGGGGUAUCCAGUCAAAUCUCAGCUUAGGUCCAGGCGGAGACUUCCCAAGGUUCAGAGAUGUGUUCCUGUAUGCUCUCAGUCAUGAUGAGCUUUCCUCUCUACUGGUCAGUGUUGCUCUCCUGUUGCUGGUUGGACCGUGUCAGGAGCGACGCUGGGGGACAGUUGCCUUCCUCACCCUCUCCAUCCUGACAAUGAUCUUAUUACCUCUUGUUUAUACCCUGGUCCUCUUUGUCGGUGGGGGUGAGGCGAGUCGGAUUUGUGGUUAUUCUGCCAUCUUACUGGCUCUAUUUACAGCCCAGUGUCGCCAGGUAACACCGAGGAAGCUGCUGAGGUGGUUGCCAGUCUGGUCUCUCCCCUGGCUGUUUCUCUUGAUUGGUCUGCUGCUGCUGCCAGGCACACCUGCCCUGCUUCACUUCUGUGCAAUAUGCAUUGGACACAACUAUCAACAGGCUUUCAUUGCGAUGUUACAGGAGCUGGAGGAGGCCAGGGUCUUGGAUUUCAUUCCUGAUUGGGUAUAUGUUCCCACUUCAUCCAGGUUCAGAUUGCCCACUUACACUACCUCACACAGACCUAGAUCUCUGUCUCAGACAACACCUGUAGCUCAGGCAGCUGCUCUCCCCCUGAGGAAUGUUUCGAACCACCACACAUGGAUGGAGCCAUUGCCUUCCUGGACAAUGGAGGGGUAUGCUGUGCAGUCUGAGGUGGAGGUGUUGGAGGAGCAGAUGCUAAGGGCAGGGAUACUAGCCUCAUUACAAGGUGUUCCUGAUGACCCUGAUUCAAAAGUGGAGGUGCCCAAAUCAUCAGUUUCAUCUCUGCGACUCCAGCAGCUGGAGAAGAUGGGCUUCCCCACAGAGAAAGCUGUUGUGGCAUUAGCAGCCUCAAAACAGCUCGAUGGCGCUAUCUCCCUGCUUAUAGAUGACAGUGUUGGAGAACAAGCUGUGGUGGUAUCUAAAGGACGGAGCCCUGUGCCACCACAGAGCACCUAGAUGACCUCACACUCCUGGACUGAG